UCAGCAUAUCUCCCGCCGUGCCGCCCUCGACUGACAGGAGAGCAGGCACCAAAGCUUGAGCCCCCGUUCGCCCCACGGUCUCUGCUGCACUCUCACACUGCUUCAAUCACGCCCUCGCCGACUUCGUCACAGCAUGCGGCCAGCAAUGGUGCGCAGCACGUGGUCCUCGAUACGACAGCCCUCACUGCGCUUGACUCCCUGCCCACCAUCGCUGGUCGCGGCAACGACACCUUCCUCGUCAACAAGGACAUUGCGACGUUUCUGGAGGAUGAUCUCGACCUCAAGCGGCUGAACGACAUACACGCGCAUCUCUGGAUGGCUGGACGACCCAUGCGCGCACGCCCACUGCACCGGUACAAGAUGUACGGCUACGAGGUGCUCGGAACACAGCAGAUGGACCUCCACCUGCUGCGCUUCUCCAACAAACUCCUCGUGAAGCCCCUGCCCGAGUACCUCCUCGACGCAUCGUUCUGGAAAGAACGCCUCUGUGUCGACAAAGAGCUGCACGAGAGCGCUACAGGCUGGCUACUCAGCUACGUCUGGCUCAUCGUCUCGCCUCUCGACCUCAAGCUCGCGCACGACAACUUGCUGAUUCCCGCUGCCGUCACGUGGCAAUGGUGGAGAGCUUUCGUGACUUCUUUCGUUGACAGGGUCGACAUCAACACCCUCUACCAAGUCAACAAGCGCUACCACUUCGGCGACCUUCGCCUGUCGCGCAUCAACACAAUCUACCGCACCCGGUUCUUCGCCACGCACUUUGUCCGCGGCUACCUGUACGGCUACAACCGCUACGUCGUCUUCUUCGAGCGCAACUUCUCGUGGAUCCUGAUCCUGUUCGUGUUCCUGAGUCUGGUUCUGAGCGCCAUGCAGGUCGGCACAGCGCUCGAUGAGCUCAACGGAAGUACAGCGUUUAUGAAUGGGACUUAUGGUGUUGUCGUGCUUAGCAUGGUCAGCGUGGCUGCUGUGCUGGGUGUUGUGGGGUUAUUCUUCGUGGGUGUGUUCAUGUUCAACAUGGUGACUGCGAUUCGACAUGCAGCGAGUAAAGGGAAGGAACGCAGAAGGGCGAAGAAGGAG